GAAGAGCCACUGUUGGAUUUACCUCCUGGGGCUCGGCGUUGUCGGGCUCUGCUAGCAGGGCCAGUCUGAGCUCAGCUCCCGGGGGCGGGACCGAGUCGCUCCCUCCGCCCCACAAAUUGCUGCCACUGCCUCAGCCCGGCUCUCAGACGCCGCCGCAUCCCACGGCAGAGGCGGCAGCGAGCUCCAGGCGCGUCGCAGCCCCGUGCUGCAGAGAGGCCGGCAGGCGACACCGCAAGGGACCUGGCCGGGCUCCGCUACACCUCUCGCGCGCAGCUGAAAAGAAAGAAUUUUGGCAUCGCCCUUCACCUCUCUUAGAAAUAACAGCACAUUUUAAUCAGAGAUUUCACCUGGGCCACAGGCCACGGGCCACCAUGGAUGUGAACCUUGAUGCCCUUGGGGGUCAAAAGGAAACAAGUGACAGCAGCAAGGGAAGCAACAGCCCAGGAGUCCAGCAAGAUGCUGUGAUGAGGACAGAUUCAUCGGAGAUGACUGAUGUGGAGUCUGUGAUCAGCAGCUUUGCAUCUUCAGCAAGGGCAGGCCGACGCAAUGCCUUACCUGACAUCCAGAGUUCCGCUGCUACAGGUGGAUCCUCUGAUCUUCCCCUGAAGCUGGAGGCAUUGUCCAUGAAGGAAGAUGUUAAAAAGAAGAGUGAAGAGAAAGCACAAGACCAACUGAAAAAGUCCCUAAAUGACGAAAAAUGAAGACUUAUAAUUUAUCCACGGUGUUGAUUUUAUGCACAUCGGGAGACAGUGGCUAUGCAUUCCUGAAGUGUUUGAUCUGGUAGUAACUGUGGUAAUGUGUGCAUUUUAGGUAAUUUUGUUGUGCUGCUCUGUCCUUAAACCGCAACCAUGAUACCCACAUAGGUUAUUAAAAGGUAUUACAUUCAAAUUUCAACCAAGGAAGAACACACUGUUUAUACAUCCAAUGAAGUUCACUGUCCGUCUUGGGAUUUACUUAGUUAGAUGCGUGUUUAACUAUGUUCUUAUUGAUAUGCAUAAACCAAAACCUAUUAAUUUAAUACUUUGUAGAAUUUGUAGGAAAUUAUAUUUUUAGUGAGAUGGUAUUAAUAGUAAAAAAAAAAUCACAGGUAUAAAAUGUGUUUAUUUUUAAUCAAAACUACACCAUACUUUCCCCAAAAGUUAAGAGAGAUCUGCAAACAUUGUAAAAGUUGUGACAACAUAAAUAUCUCUAGGAUGCUUUUGUCUAAUGUAUUUUGCAUCUAGUCUGUGUAUACUGUGACUUUUCAUAUGGAUGCACAGGAUGUAAAGUUUGUGGCAAAUUGCUUACGUGAAAUAUGUGUAACAAAUAAAUUUCACUAUAU